AUGUCGCAUUUAGAAGCGAGAAUUGCUCUGCAACUGAGCAGAUUCAAUUUGAUACAAGAAGCCGCAGAUUUUGAGGAUACAGAUGCCACACAGCUUAAUCGUCAAUUAAUUAAUACUCGCAUAGAAAUGCUUGAGCAAAAUUGGAAUAAAUUCUUGGAGGAGCAUGAAGACUUAUGUUUGUCUGGAGGUAACAUUCUGAGCGAGAAACCUUAUCUCAAGACUCGCGUUUAUGAACGCUGUCAAGCCUUUUAUGUAUAUGCUCGGGCUAAACUACUUAAUCAUCGAGAAGACUCAGAAACCGCUGAGUUAAAUUCUAGAUCAUCGUUUCUCGAUCCUGAGACAUCUACCGCAGUGCUGCCCCGGAACGCCUUGCCUCGAGUCAAAUUGCCAAACUUCUCAGGAGAUUAUAAGUCAUGGCGUUCAUUCUACGAUCUUUUCACAAGGAUGAUUCGGAAUAAUAAAGAUUUGUCAGAUGCAGAAAAGAUGCAUUAUUUGAAGACAUGCGUUACUGGAGAAGCAGCACGAUUGAUUUCAAAUCUGCCUGCCUCCAGUGAAUAUUUCAUUGUCGCUUGGGACAUGUUGAUGACGACAUACGAAAAUAAGCCUUUUUUGAUAUCCGCUCAACUGGAUCGAAUCUACGACAUAAAACCGUUAAAAGUCAAGAGUGCUCAAGGGAUGAGAAGUCUACGAACGACUGUGUUGGAAACCGUUGGCGCUCUCCGUGCGCUAGGAUGCGCUGUGGAUCAAUGGGAUCCAUUACUAGUACACUAUCUAGUAAAAUUGCUCGACCCGCAGUCUCGCGAAAUAUGGGAGAUGAAGUUCGGAUCUUUAUCGACAUACCCGACCUUCUCACAAUUCAACGAGUUUCUUCUCGGAAGGAUACGUGCAAUGGAGAAUAUCAACUCGGCUACUUCAACACUCGGAACAAGUAAAGAUAAUCCCUCAAAUUUUAACGAAAAACCUCGUCAUAGAUCUGCCGCUCACGUCACUUCAGACUUGAGUCAUCUUAAAUGCCCAUUGUGCGGAGCUGCUCAUUAUCUCGCAAAAUGCGAGCAAUACCAAUCAAAGACGACCCCGCAGCGUCGAGAUAUCAUAAACGCACAUCAUUCUGGACAGAUUCAUCCAUCACGAAAACUGACACUACUUGCCACAAGCAGAGCAUCAUUAAUAAAAAACACCGGAGAAUCCUUCGCAGUGCGAUUAUUAAUAGAUCAAGGAUCUGAGUUAUCUUUUAUCUCAGAAGACAUCGUACAACGUGCACAACUAAAACGCAGUGCAGCUUCAUUGCCACUUCUUGGUAUCGGCGGUACUUACUCCGGCCAUACCAAAGGAAUCGUUACAAUACGAUUACAAUCAAUUCAUGAUUCAGAAUCUAUCUGCACCAUACAAGCGUUCAUCUUGCCACGAUUGACAACGAAGUUACCACCGUUCAACGUCAGUCGUCAUUCAUGGCCACAUACUGCAGAACUUCAAUUGGCUGACCCCGAGUUCUCUUAUUCUGGACCAAUACAUGUUAUUAUAGGCUCGGAUAAUUAUCACUCAGUAAUUCUACCGGGCUUAAUUCAAGGCGACUCACAUUCUCCGACGGCACAACAAACUAUAUUUGGAUGGAUUCUUUGCGGACCAACUUCUAUAGAUGACGCUACCUUCUCCGUACAAGCAUAUCACUGCAAAGUGGACGAUGAAUUACAGGACCUUAUUUCAAGAUUUUGGACACAAGAAGAAGUUCCGGUCUCUAACAGUUCAUCUAUGAGUGCCGAGGAAGAGGAGUGUGAACGACAUUUUUUAACAACACACUCUCGAGAUGCCACAGGGAGAUAUGUCGUUCGAUUACCUCUCAAAGAUAAUCCGACUACCUUAGGAGAAUCCAAAAAUAAAGCACUUAACUGUCUCAGGAGGCUUUGCCAACAAUUUCCAACUAAGCCAGCCUUCGAACGUCUUUACGUCGACUUCAUUGAAGAAUACAGGAACUUAGGUCACAUGGUACGAACAGACAUAUCGGAUAGUCAAACUUUGCCUCUGUAUUAUCUUCCACACCAUGGAGUUCUCCGAGAAAGUAGUCGCACUACUAAACUAAGAGUUGUAUUCAAUGGAUCUAGUCGUACCAGCAACGGCGUCUCACUCAACGACAUUCUGCACGCAGGGGCAAAACUCCAAACUGAAAUGUCAGACAUAUUAUUAUGGAUUCGAACUCAUCGAUUUCUCUUUUCGACAGACAUUGUAAAAAUGUUUCGACAAAUAACGAUUCAUCCUGACGAUCGGAAUUUGCAGAGAAUUUUAUGGAAGGAACACGAUGGCUCACCUGUCGCUUAUCAAUUAACAACCGUUACUUACGGUCUCAACUGUUCACCAUUUCUAGCCCUACGAACAAUUCAACAGCUGGUGAAAGAUGAAGGUCAUAAAUAUCCAAAAGCAGUUAUUCCGCUGACAAAGGGUAUUUAUGUUGACGACAUUUUCGGUGGAGCGGAUACGAUUACCGAGACAAAGGAAAUAAUGCAAGAUUUGAUUCAGAUUUGCGAAACAGCAAAACUUCCAUUGCAAAAAUGGAACAGCAAUUGCAAGAAACUCCUACCUCAUUCAGAUGAAGAUGCGCCUUCAGAUGUGGAAAUCGAAACUACAUUUUGUAAAAUUUUAGGUCUCAUCUGGAAAUCUCGCUCGGACACACUUCAUUUCUCCCCAACAAUACCCUCUACUAAUAAAUUUACGAAAAGAUCUAUUGCUUCCGACAUUGCCAAACUUUAUGAUCCAUUAGGAUUUAUUUCGCCAGUCCUAAUAAGAGCCAAAAUAAUACUGCAAGAACUUUGGCUUCUAAAGGCUUCGUGGGAUGAACCUCUUCCUUCAGAAUUGCAACAGCGAUGGAAAACCUUUCGAGAACAACUGCAACAGCUUGAACAGCUUACCAUACCUAGAUGGCUCGGAAUUAUUCGAUCGGAAACCUUCGUCGAAAUUCAUGGAUUUUCUGACGCUUCACAAAUGGCCAUGGCUGCCGUGAUCUAUGCGAGAUUACGGAAUACCGAUGGUCAAAUUUCGACACAAUUAAUAUGCUCUAAAACAAAGGUCGCACCGUUGAAACGACUUACAAUUCCUCGAUUGGAGCUUGCUGCAGCCCUACUCUUGACACGUUUAUUGGAACGGACUAUAAAGGCGAUUGAGAUGCCUAACGCACCGGUGUAUUGCUGGUCAGACUCUUCGGUAACGCUUACUUGGAUUACAUCCCCCCCAUCUCGCUGGAAGGACUUUGUUCGUAAUCGCGUGUCGACUAUACAUGAACUUCUGCCAAAAGGUUCCUGGCGUCAUGUGGCUGGCAAGAAGAAUCCAGCGGAUAUUGCGUCGCGUGGAAUACGACCAGAUUUGCUGAUUCAUAACGACUUGUGGUGGAACGGACCAGAUUGGUUAUCCGACCCGCACUCGAGUUGGUCCUCCUCGGAACAUGUGAUUGCACCUGACACAGACAUAGAGGAAAGACCAGGACACAUAACGUUAUUCGCCACGCAACGACCUUCCUAUUGGGAAUUGUUAGAUGAAUGUUCUACUCUCAAAUCUUUGUUAAGAAUCACUGCAACGUGCCGAAGAUUCGUACAUUGUUUGCGAAAGAUACCACAAUCUUCUCUGUUUCAGAACCCGUUAACGCCAAUUGAAAUCGUUCAGAGCCGUAACACUUGGGUACAAAUAGUACAAAAAACAUGGUUCAACGACGAACUUAAAAUUAUAUCCAAGGGAGAACAGCUGCCAAGGUCUGAUCCUAUGGUGCGACUUAUUCCUUUUUUGGAUAAGGAAGGAUUGCUACGAGUGGGAGGACGUCUUCACUACGCAAAUAUCGACACCGAGUCAAAGCACCCGCUCAUUUUACCUAGAAAAUCACCAUUUACAACACUUGUUAUCGACGAUGCGCAUCGGAAAACAUUACACGGAGGGACUCAAGUAACACUGAGUUUUAUACGAAGAUCGUACUGGAUCAUCGGUGGAAGAGCUCCGGUAAGAUCUCACAUCUUAAAAUGUGUACGCUGCGCCCGUUAUCGUGGAAUACGAGCAAAACAGUUGAUGGGCCAACUGCCACCGGCUCGAGUGACGCCGGCUAGACCCUUUUAUAAUGCAGGCCUAGAUUACGCCGGUCCCGUAACGUUAAAAACUUGGAAAGGGCGGGCGGCACGAACUUAUAAGGGCUACUUAGCCAUUUUCAUAUGCCUCGCAACGUCGGCGAUACACAUUGAAGUAGUGACAGACUAUACUACUGAAGCAUUUAUUGCCGCCUAUAAACGCUUCACCGGGAGACGAGGAAUAAGCGCCACAUUACAAAGUGAUUGUGGUACCAACUUUGUAGGAGCGGACGCGGCACUUCGGCGUAUGUUCGAAACAUCUUCAACAGAGCUCCGCAACCUUGCUUCACUCCUCGCUAACGACGGCACCGAAUGGAGAUUUAAUCCGCCUUCAGCUCCUCAUUUCGGAGGAAAGUGGGAGGCCGCAGUUAAAUCAACAAAAUUUCAUCUCCACCGAGUUCUAGGAGAUACUGUGCUAACUUACGAAGAAAUGACAACUAUAACCGUACAAAUCGAGGCGGUAUUGAAUUCCCGACCUCUUUGUCCAUUAUCGGAUGACACAACGGACCUUUCUAUUUUAACGCCAGGACACUUUCUGAUUGGAGAGGCUCCUACUGUGCUACCGGAACCUAACUUGUCAGCGACUCCGAUGUCGAGACUAUCGCGCUGGCAACUACUCAGACAGAGGAUAGAACAAUUUUGGUCAAGAUGGUCCACCGAAUGCCUCCAGCGGUACCAGUCUAUUUCUAAGUGGUAUCACCCCUCGAACGAGAUAAAGGAAGGAUCGCUCGUUUUAAUCACGGACGAACGAUAUCCGCCAGGAAAAUGGCCUCUUGCAAGAGUCACUCAAUUACACCCGGGACCAGAUGGCUUGACAAGAGUAGUUACGGUGAAGACAGCUACCUCCACAUACAAGCGACCUGUUACCAAAUUGUGUGUUCUACCGAUAGAUCCUGAAGCGGUUUAUUCGACAGAUGCCCUGUCGAAGGCGGGCGGAAAUGUAUAA